AUGCACGCCACUGCCUUCGCCAGUCGAAAGUCGCUGGCACUGCCUUGCGCAAAGGGUCGGAGCGGCCACGUUGGCUGCCAGGGCCGCCGCCGACAGCCCUGCGGCGCCGGCAGGGGCAGGCUGCCGGGGCAGGUGGUGGAGCCCAGCGCUGCGAAGAAGUGCGCGGCGCGGUCCCGGCGAAGGGGGCCAGGAGUCUCGGGUGCGCGGACGUGGGAGAACUUCAUCAACAGGGCCGCCCUCUCAGAACGAGAGGUCGGGGACGGCGCGGGGGAAAGUUCGCAGCCAAGUCCAGGGAGAAGAUGGAACACAGAGUCGGAAGGUGCCGACGCCAUGGAGGACGAGGACACCAGUGGUUUGCCUUGGGCCGGGUGCACAGAGUUAAGCUGGGUGAUACUGGCCACGCGGGCAGCCCGAGGUUGCGCUGAUGCGAACUGA